AUGGCAACAAAAACAACAACCCCGUCCGGUAGUGUGCCUACAUCGGCCCAAGGCCAGACCACCCAAUAUCAGUGGGAGUCGAGGCCACAAGACAUACUUCCCAGCGCCUUGAAUGAGUCGGUACUCCAUAAUGUGCUUGGGAAUAAUGUGCUCGAGAAUGACGGUGUGAUUCUGCAGGAGCAGGAGCAUUUAUGGGCCCUUGAGCCGCCUACUUUAAACGAGUUCCUCGUCCCGGGGAGUCCGAAAUUGAACAAAGUCGAUGUAGUUCGUGGGCCGAGGGCCCGGACACCACCACCGCCGGUGUCCCACCAGCCGGUGUGCUUCAACUCGGAGGAGGAGGAAUAUGGGUAUUACAUAGCCUCGGAAGACCAGUUACAGCUUGAAGAUGGGUUUCUCUUGUCGCAGCUUGGCGACGGCCGAGACCCAUCUGUGGCCCAACAAGCAACAAUGAGAUACUUACCUAACCCGUACGGGGAGGAAAGUGCUGAAAGGGAUAGGCCACAGAAUGGUGGAGAAGCAUCGUUCAGAGGCUCACUCGAGUUUUUCUCCGCUUCAUUCUUGGAAAGUUGGGACAUUGGGAUUCAGAAGACGGUUGGGACAACUGGUUGUGACAGGGAAGCACCGGGACAGAUAGGGAGAUGA